GAUUUGGAAAUUAUAAGAUUAUUUUUUACAAAGUAUCUGACCAUGAGUUUUUGAUUGGGUUCAUAAUCAAUUUAGGAAGUAGCCAAGUUUAGGUGCAAAAUUCUCUGUGAAAAAUUUCAACUUUUCAGGGGAGAGAAGGCAAACAACAUCAUGCUUAAAGUAAAGUUGAUCUCCCUUGAGAAUAAUUCAAAUAUUUAUAUAAAUGUUCCAAAGAAAUCAGAGUUCUAUGGUCCUUCUCAGAAUGGGACUAGUACGAACAUGGGAGGUGGUAUGGCACCUUCCAAUUGUAAAUAUCAGAGCAAAAAGGGUAAUAUGGCGCCAUACAGUUAUGAUGGUGGAUGCGAUGAACAACACAAGGACUAUGCUUAUGGAGUAGACAAAGGAGUUUCCCCUUACAAUCAUCAGGGUGGAAGUGGAUAUAAUAGUGCUUCAGUCUACAAUCAUGAAGGAGGAAAUAGAGAACUUUCAGCCUACAAGAAUUAUGAUGGUGAAUGCAAAGGUUACAAUCAUUCUUAUGCUCAUGGAGGAGGCAAAGGAGUUGCAGCUUAUCAGAAAACAUAUCAAAGUGCACCAGAAAAUUGUGAAGCCCAUGCGUUGACGUGUUACGGAUAUAAUGAUGAUUAUGACGAUUAUUACGACUCUGGUAUGGAUUAUAAUCAUGGAGAGAAGAAUAAUUACUAUGAUAGCUCAUCCGACGACGAUGAUUAUUAUGCUACUUAUCCCUAUCGUCCCUCCAAUAAGAAGAAGAGUUGUGGUUGGUUUUGGUGAAAAAGUUGAGCAGCUGCCUAUUAAAGAAUGUUUAUAACUUGUGAAUGAAUGACUUAAUUCUUGUGAAUAGAAUAUAGUAUCUUUGAAUUGAAGUUACCAAUGUAAAUGUAUGUACCAUCUACGUUUGAACGGAGAUUGAUUAGCGUUUCAUUUGAUACCCAAAUGUAACAUAUUGAAAUGAAUGCUACUUCAUUUUCUAGAAAACCUAGAAAACCCAUAGCGUUGAACGUGGAUUGUGCAUAGAUGGUCCUUAGAAGAAUCUGUUAAUUUUUGGAGUAAGAAUAAUUCAGUGCUAAUAUUCAAUCAAUAUUUAAAUAUUCGAAUAAAGAUUGUCUAAACGGA